AUGGAUUCAGCAAACGUGGGAUAUUCUUACCAUUUACCAACAGGAGGAUGGAAUUAUAAAAUACGUAAUACAUUAUCCCAGUUUAGUGAUUUAUUUAGUGAAUUUAACAAAUAUAUAGCGCCUGCAUAUCACCAUGACCGCUGUGAAAGGUCUGUCCAAAUGAGGAUAUAUUCAAUGCACAAAGGGGAAUUUGUAAUGGUUUUUAUAGCAUUUUUUGCUUGCUUCGGCCUAGGUGUGUUCAUAGGAUUGGCAGGUCCAUCGCCAACAAUGACCACAUCAGUCGCUGCAUCGACCUUAUUAACCAACGCCAGUACCGUAUAUGAGGGUCCGUUCCACCUGCACAGCCCUACGCUUGGAAUGCGUGUGCAGCAGUUGUGGUUAUUCGCAGAAAUAUUGACUAACAACGAUGAUGAGGAAAUAUUCGAUAAAAGUUUUCAAAUCAGCAUAUCCAUAGAUGAGGUUUUGAGUGACCAUAAAACAAUAAGUCUUCUCCAAGAAAGCGAAUCUACAAAUAGAACUCAACAUCUAAAAUGUAAGAAGCAAGUAUGCGAGGAGGUCAUGGUUCUGCAUUUAGGGUCAUUAGAAUACACACACUAUGUUUUCAAUAUACGAUUUUAUGGACUCAAAGAGUUCCAUAAACGGUACUUUAUGAGAGAAAUCAUAUUCUAUUUCAAAACCUAUAAUCCUGCAUUCACGCAAAUGGAAACUUGGUUCAGGUUUAUUUUUUUACUGACAACAUUCUCUAUAGCCUGCUGGUUCGCCCAUACACUUAGAAAAUAUUCAACACAAGACUGGGCUAUAGAACAAAAGUGGCUAUCCAUCCUCCUACCAUUACUGUUACUGUAUAAUGAUCCGUUGUACCCACUGCGGUUGGUAUCGGGAGGCUGGUUCGCACCACUGAUGGAUGCGGUGUUCCAGUCGUUGUUCGUGUGCUGUCUCAUGCUGGCCUGGCUCGCGCAAUACCACGCCCUCAGACAGAAUGAAAGAGGUUUCUUAUCAUUUUACCUGUUUAAAUUGAUUGUGGUGGGAAUGGUAUGGAUACCAGCUAUGGUCAUAUCUGUAUGGCAGAAAUACUAUGCAUAUUACGAUCCUACAUUUAAUUAUAUGAUGAAUCCUAACUAUCCUGUAGUUAAAAUUAUGUUCUUCAGUGCUGUAAUACUAUAUUUCUUAUAUUUAAUCGUCCUUAUUAUAAAAGCAUACAGUGACCUGAGAAAUAUGCCUUUCUUUGAUAUAAGGCUCCGUUGCUUGUCAAGCGCGGUGGGCUGUGUGACUGCGCUAGUGGGGGCAGUGGGGGCCUCCGGGUGGGGCGCAGGGCCACUGCAGGACCACUGGGCUGCGCGCUUACACCACCACCACGACACAUCAGCGCCCUUCAUGGCGCUAAUAGGAUUGUUUAACUUCAACGUGUAUACGCUCGCCUACCUAUAUGCACCCGCUGGCGGAUCUGUGCACGAAACGGCCAUAACCAAAGACAAUCCCGCGUUUUCUAUGAUCAACGAUUCGGAUGAAGACGUCAUCUACGGCUCGGACGAGGAGAGUCGUCGACCGCUCAACUCGCACCACAGAAUCAAUAACGAGGACAUAUGA